AUGGCAGACGCACCCAGACCAAGCUCCUCCAGCAACCGCCGCCAGCCCAGCCGCCUCCAGCGGCGAGCCCCGCCCCCUUCUUCCUUACAAAUAAAUCGCGUCCCCGAUUGGAACGUCGCUAUCCCCCUCCUCUCUCCUCUCGUCUCCCCCGAUUGCCCUAUAGACACCACCAAAUCCCGUGACCAGCACCAGCAGAAGGAGAUGCCACGUCAUCAUCAGGGGGCGGAGGCCGAGAAAUCGGCGCCGUCGAUGGUGUUCAAGAAGUGGCAGCAUCCGGCGGCGCCCUUCUGCUACGAGCCGGCUCCGUUUGUCUCGGCUUUUGUUCCGGUGUAG